ACAGCUUCUUUCACGUCCUGUGUCUUUUUGCAGCGGUGGAGAAGAGGUGCUCCUUUGAACGCCAUGUACCAGGGAACACCUACAUUUUUUUUCUUAUCCAAAUUACAUGGUUAAUAAUUGCGGGUUAUUCUAAAUGUUCUCUGUGUGAGCUGCUUUUCAGUGAUCAUUGCAUCAUGUUACCAGUCUAAUUUAGGGGUGCCAAAUUCGUCAGGAUGGCAAUGACGAAGAAAGUUUAAAUUGAAAGACAUCAGCAUUCUCCAAGAUGAUAUCUUACCAUUUAUUCAAUCAGUAACUGGUUGAUUAGUGUACAUUUCAUAGGUGUUGCAUGGACUAAUUAUAUUAUUGUCACCAGCAGAACACCAAAAAAAUGGAUCCCUUGUUCACCACAACUGAUUUAAAAUUGCCAAGCAAUUGGACCAACUCUUCAGGGGUCAAUGGAACUGAUCAGGACUGGAACCAGUUUGUGCAACCCGUUUGGAGAAUUGUGCUAUGGGCAUUCGCCUACAGUUGCAUGGUUACUGUGUCUCUGGUGGGUAACGUCGUAGUAAUUUGGAUCAUUAUGGCGCAUAAACGAAUGCGAACUGUGACCAACUAUUUUCUGUUGAACCUCGCGUUUGCUGAAGCGUCUAUGUCUGCCUUCAACACCGUUAUCAAUUUCAUCUAUUCCGUGCACAACGAGUGGUACUUCGGGCUGAUGUACUGUCGCUUUCACAACUUCUUCCCCGUCGCUGCUGUCUUCGCUAGUAUAUACUCUAUGACUGCGAUAGCGGUGGACAGGUACACUGCCAUCAUCCACCCCCUGCAGCAACGCAUGUCAUCCACAGAGACCAAGGUGAUCGUGGGGGUGAUCUGGGUGCUGGCUCUGCUUCUGGCCUUCCCUCAAUACUACUACUCAGUGACCGAGGAGCUCCCUGGACGAAUCAUCUGUUACAUCGAGUGGCCCGAAUACAGUGGCUGUGACUACAAAAUUCUGUACUACGUAUGUGUGACUGUGCUGAUCUACUUCCUGCCUCUGCUGGUGAUGGGCUGUGCCUACCUGGUGGUGGGCCUCACCCUCUGGGCCAGUAACAUACCUGGAGACUCCUCUGACCGCUACAAGGAGCAGCUCACUGCCAAACGCAAGGUGGUGAAGAUGAUGAUCGUGGUUGUGUGUACGUUUUCUCUCUGCUGGCUGCCCUACCACGUGUACUUCCUGCUCCACCUGUUCUUCCCCCUCCUGUUUGAGACGCUCUACAUCCAACAGGUGUACCUGGCUGUCAUGUGGCUGGCCAUGAGCUCCACCAUGUACAACCCUAUCAUCUACUGCUGUCUCAACGACAGGUUCCGAGCUGGCUUCAAGCAGGCCUUCAGCUGCUGUCCCUGUGUCCCCACCGGCUCCUACGAGGGUCUGGAGCUCAAGUCCACACGUUACCUGCAGACCCAGGCCAGCAUGUACAAGGCCAGCCGCAUGGAGACCAACGUGUCCUCCGUGAUGCAUGUGGCCGACGACCUGGAGCCUCUCAGGUUUGGGGCCCUAUCUGUGGCCGGGUGUGGGUCCGAGGUGCAGGGGGUUAGCGGAGGGGGAGGGGGGUUGUGUGCAGUAGCGGCACCCAGGUGCUCCUCUCUGGACCUGACCUCUAACGGCUCCUCGUCCCGCAGUGUCUCCAAGAAUGUGUCGGAGACCUCCAGCUUCUACUCUAGCAACAACCUGCCUGAGUAGAGAGGGGAAAGGAGAAUCAGGCACCGCUAAACACUCUAUCUCACUAUACCUGCCCAUGGGGGCUGUGUUUGUGUAUGUGUGUGCAUGCAUGCGUGUGCACAUAUAUUCCAUCCAUGUUUGUCUUUGACCAUUUACAUAAUGUCCUUUUUUUUAAAGUUGGGCAUCAAGUCUACCACCUGUGGCUGAGGCUUGGUUGGUUCCCCUUCAGAGGGCAGUGCACUUAUCCAGUGGUCCUUGGUUUACUAAGGCAAUGAGGCAUAUCUAGGGCACACUGCCUGGUACCUGCUAUAGCCCAGAGAGAUACUGUAAGGGCUGGGUUCAUGACUGGGUAACAAGACUGGGUCAAUACGGGACAGGACUGGGUCAAUACAGGAUAAGACUGGGUCAAUACAGGAUAAGACUGGGUCAAUACAGGAUAAGAUUGGGUCAAUACAGGAUAAGAUUGGGUCAAUACAGUACAAGGUUAAUACAGGACACAGCACUAACUGAACCCGAUAACAUUCACACUAUCCACACACCUUCAACUAUCAGAAUGUAUCCAAUACUUAUCUAGCAAUUGACAUUUGCUUCUAAGGACCCACUCACCACACACACACAGUGUGUGAACACAUGAGUUCAUAUUACCACCCGUACUUCUGAAUGGUGCAUUAAUGUUUGAUUGCCGCCCCCGUGCUGGAAGCACAGUCAGUCCUCACAGUAUAGUGGUUUUCUCAGCUUGUCAGAAACAUAUGAUAAGCCUGCCAUUCCUGUAGCAUCUCCUCAGCCCCUAUAGUGGAACCCAGGGUUAACAAGCCCACACUCCAUAGGACACACACUUGGAAACAGAUUAUUGUGGCUGAGGUGUGUUUAGCUGGUGUCCUGUCAGCAUGUAGACUUCCGUGGAAUAAUGUGGGAUAGAGCUGAACAAACAGACCCUAACCUGAACAGUGAUAGUCAGCUGUGUACAAGACAACAGGAGAGAAAAGUGGUGUGAUUACAGAGGCAGAGAAACUGCACUGUGAGGACUUCCUCUUAUACAGCAUGCUCUUAUUGACAGUAAAGGCUAGAUGGAUUGUGUUUUCGGGGAUGAUGUUAGUUCUUGUAACUAGCGAUGGGAAGAUGUGCCUGGAUACUUAGCAUAAUGCAGAUAUGAGAGGAAGGGAGGCAGCUUAGAGGCCAUGCUCUCUUUAUGAGACCUCUGGGUCUCAAAUGGAACCCUAUUCCCUUUAUAGUGCGCUACUUUUGACCAGAGUCCUAUGGAUCCUGUUCAAAAGUAGUACACUAAAUAGGGAAUAGGGUGUCAUUUGGCAUGUGUGAGUCCAGCAGGAAGGAGCUAUUUUAGCUGUGUAUAAUGAUUCUUGAUGUGUCACAGCAGUUCCUGUCUACCCUGCCAUCUGAAACCCCAAAUUGACACAUUGUAUGAUGUUCAGCACACACAUCCCCACACAAUCACACAUUCUCAAAUAGACACACUGACACCCACAGUUGUUCUCACAUCAGACAGAGGCACACUCGCCCUCCAACACACACAUGCACAUGCAUGCACAUGCACACCCCCACACACACUUUGACCAGAGUAAAAUGAGCACUGUAGUCAUCUCAGAUCUCCGGCAGGUUUGAUGUGGAGUUUCAGCCUGUUCACACUAGGUCAACAUGAUCUAGAGGACAGAGAGGACAGGAGGGGUAACAGAGGGUCAACAUGAUCUAGAGGGCAGAGGGGACAGGAGGGGUAACAGAGGGUCAACAUGAUCUAGAGGACAGAGAGGACAGGAGGGGUAACAGAGGGUCAACAUGAUCUAGAGGACAGAGAGGACAGGAGGGGUAACAGAGGGGCAACAUGAUCUAGAGGACAGAGAGGACAGGAGGGGUAACAGAGGGUCAACAUGAUCUAGAGGGCAGAGGGGACAGGAGGGGUAACAGAGGGUCAACAUGAUCUAGAGGACAGCGAGGACAGGAGGGGUAACAGAGGGUCAACAUGAUCUAGAGGACAGAGAGGACAGGAGGGGUAACAGAGGGCCAACAUGAUCUAGAGGACAGAGAGGACAGGAGGGGUAACAGAGGGCCAACAUGAUCUAGAGGGCAGAGGGGACAGGAGGGGUAACAGAGGGUCAACAUGAUCUAGAGGACAGAGAGGACAGGAGGGGUAACAGAGGGGCAACAUGAUCUAGAGGGCAGAGGGGACAGGAGGGGUAACAGAGGGGCAACCUGAUCUAGAGGGCAGAGGGGACAGGAGGGGUAACAGAGGGUCAACAUGAUCUAGAGGACAGAGAGAACAGGAGGGUUAACAGAGGGGCAACAUGAUCUAGAGGGCAGAGGGGACAGGAGGGGUAACAGAGGGUCAACAUGAUCUAGAGGACAGAGAGGACAUGAGGGGUAACAGAGGGGCAACAUGAUCUAGAGGGCAGAGGGGACAGGAGGGGUAACAGAGGGUCAACAUGAUCUAGAGGACAGAGAGGACAGGAGGGGUAACAGAGGGGCAACAUGAUCUAGAGGACAGAGAGGACAGGAGGGGUAACAGAGGGGCAACAUGAUCUAGAGGGCAGAGGGGACAGGAGGGGUAACAGAGGGGCAGCAUGAUCUAGAGGGCAGAGGGGACAGGAGGGGUAACAGAGGGGCAAGUAACACCUGUUACUUCACAUCUCUGGGCCUUGUAAGAGUGAGUUUAUUGGUAGUGUGGAAUAUACACCGAACAAAAAUAUAAACACAUCAUGUAAAGUGUUGGUCCCAUGUUUCAUGAGCUGAAAUAAAAGAUCCCAGAAAUAUUCCAUACUCACAAAAAGCUUAUUUCUCUCGAACUUUGUGCACAAGUGCAUUGACAUCCCUGUUAGUGAGCAUUUCUCCUGUGCCAAGAUAAUCCAUCCACCUGACAGGUGUGACAUAUCAAGAAGCUGAUUAAACAGCAUGAUCAC